GGACCGACAUCCGGUGUGUACGUCGUGCCUGCUGGGGCGAGGCCGCCAUGGUGCGCUUCAAGCACAGGUACCUGCUCUGCGAAUUGGUGUCUGACGACCCUCGCUGUCGCCUGAGUCUGGAGGACCGAGUGCUGGGCGGUCUUUUUCGGGACACGAUUGCCCGCGUACACGGGACUUUCGGAGCAGCCGCCUGCUCUGUUGGUUUCGCGGUUCGAUACAUCAAUGCUUAUACUGGAAUAGUGCUACUUCGGUGUCGAAAAGAAUUCUAUCAGCUCGUGUGGUCAGCUCUUCCCUUCAUUACGUACUUGGAGAACAAAGGACACCGUUAUCCUUGUUUUUUCAACACCUUACAUGUGGGAGGUACAAUUAGAACUUGUCAGAAGUUUCUGAUUCAGUACAACAGGAGACAGCUGUUAAUCCUGUUGCAGAACUGCACUGAUGAAGGAGAGCGGGAAGCCAUCCAAAAGUCUGUCACAAGAAGCUGUUUAUUAGAGGAUUCUGGUGAGGAAGAGCUUUCAGACAGUGGUGGUGAAGAGGCUGCUGAAGCAAUGGAGUGAACUUCUGCUUGCCACACAGAAGGCUACACUACUGUUCAGGCCUACUUGUGGAAACAGAACAUUCUAGGAGGCACAGCAUCUACAUACAGUUCUCCAAACUGGAAGACUACCAACCAGAAGACAAGUAACCAGCUUGAAAUGAAGGACUUAAGUUACCUUUAUGUAACAUCCCUUGGAUCCUGGUCUGCAGGUUGUAAAGGCUCUCUAGUUACAUUUUUGUAUCUAAUUGCUUGGUUAAACAAUGCUAUAAAUUAUAAAAGGGUUUACAGAA